AUGAAACACGUCACUGUUUCUACAGUCUUAGUUUUCCUCUCUUUCGUUCAUUCUGCUUUUCAGACACUCGACAAUGAAAUAUUUUUAAUAUACAAUGAGGAUACUAAGCUCUGUUUAAUUGCUCAGAGUUCUCAUGCAGUCACAACAGCUGCUUGCAACAAAAACACCGAGUUACAAAAAUUCAGGUGGGUGUCUGAUCACCAGGUGAUGAGCGUGGCAUUUGCACAAUGUUUGGGAGUGCCCUACAAGCAAAACCAGGCUAAAAUUUCUUUGUACCCCUGCAACAAGAAAAAUGAAUUCCAGAGAUGGGAGUGCAGAAAUGCAACCUUGGCAAUCCAAGGGGAAGAUGUAUUUCUCAGUGCUGGCAAAAGAAAAGAAGACAAUAUCGUGCUGAACACAGGAGCAGUGACGAUGAAUAAAUGGAAGAUCUAUGGAACCAUGGAUGAUUUGUGUUCUAAAGGCCAUGAAGAUCUGUUUACACUGUUAGGAAACGCCAAUGGAGCUCCAUGUGUCUUCCCCUUCCAGCUGAGCAGUAAAUGGCACGCCGGGUGCACGGCUGCCGGCAGGGCAGACGGCUUGCUCUGGUGUGCAACAACCCCCAACUUUGACGCGGACCAUUUGUAUGGGUUCUGUCCAACUGGCAACAAUGACAGAUUUUGGAGUACAGAUCCUUUGACAGGAACCUACUACCAGAUAAACUACCAGUCAGCUCUCACAUGGCACCAAGCAAGGAAGAGCUGCCAGCAGCAGAACGCAGAAUUAUUAAGUGUCACAGAGAUACAUGAACAAAUGUACCUAACAGAUCUGACUGACAGCAAGAGAUCCUCUCUCUGGAUUGGGCUUAACAGCUUGAAUCUCAAUAGCGGCUGGCAGUGGAGCGGUGGCAUUCCCUUCAGAUACUUUAACUGGGCACAAGGAAGCCCUGAGCCUGACCCUGAGAAACUCUGUGCAGUACUAAAUCCCAGAAGAGAUGCUAAAUGGGAAAACCAGCCAUGUGAGCUGAAAGUUGGCUAUAUCUGUAAAAAGGAAAACUCCACAGUGGAUCCUUUCAUUCUUCCAUCUGGGGAUGCAGAGCCUGUUAAAUGCCCAGAAGGAUGGUUGCCCUAUGGAGGUCACUGUUUCAUGGUUCACAGAGACCCCAGAGUAUGGAGAGAAGCCCUAAUUUCCUGCAAUGAGAGCAAUGGCAACCUGGCCAGUAUCCACAACCCUGAGGAGCAUGGCUUCAUACUGUCUCAGCUUGGCUACAAAGCUGCAGAUGAGCUGUGGAUUGGUCUGAAUGACCUCAACACUCAAAUGUGCUUUGAGUGGAGUGAUGGGACUCCUGUGACAUAUACCAAAUGGUUGCCUGGAGAACCAACCCAUGCAAUCAAUGGGCAAGAAGAUUGUGUCAUUAUGGCAGGAGAGGAUGGAUACUGGGCAGACAGUGCCUGUGAUAGGAAGUUAGGUUACAUUUGCAGAAGAGACCCCCUACAAGGAGUUUCUGGGCCAGUAAAGAUGGAUCCUGCCUGCCUGAAGGGCUGGGAAAGACAUGGGUUUUACUGCUACCUGGUUGGACAUACCUCUGUAACUUUUUCAGAAGCAAAGAAAACCUGUGAAAGAAGCAGUGGUUACUUAACAAGUGUAGGAGACAGAUACGAGCAAGCCUACCUGACCAGCCUCGUUGGUCUGAGCUCUGAGAAGUAUUUUUGGAUUGGUCUCUCAGACAUGGAAGAGCAAGGGAUGUUCAAGUGGGUGACUGGUGAAGGUGUUCUGUACACAAACUGGAACGCGGCAAUGCCUGGGAAUGAAGCUGGUUGUGUUGCCCUAAGGACUGGAAAUGCAGCUGGAUUAUGGGAUGUUCGGAACUGUGAAGUAAAGGCAAAAUUUCUCUGCAAAAAACUAGCUGAAAAAAUUACUCUUCCUCUUGUUCCUGAAACCAUUUCUGAUUCCAAAUGUCCCUUGGGUUGGGAUACAAGCAAUAGCACUAAUUCAUGCUUUAGAGUUUUUGUGAGAGAAGAAAAUCAAAAGAAAACAUGGUUUGAAGCCCGAGAUUUCUGCAGACAAAUAGGAGGAGACCUGGCUGCCAUUAGAAGUGAAGAAGAGCAAACAGUGAUAGAAAACUUAAUAAUAAAAAAAUCCCCAUCAUCUCAGCCUUUCUGGAUAGGUUUGCAGUGUUUGGAUCCUGAUGGUGGGCUUUCUUGGAGUGACGGAUCCCCGGUGAAUUAUAAGGAAAAUAAUUAUUUUUCCAAUACUGCAUUUGAAUAUUGUGGAGCAAUCGGUGAAGAUCUUUCCACAUCAUGGAUUAACGUGCACUGUGAAUACAGUCAUAACUGGAUUUGUGAAAUAAAGAAAGGGACAUCCUUGAAACCAGAACCUCUGGGCCCUUCUGCCGCAUAUGAAAUCACAGAAGAUGGCUGGAUUUUAAAAGGGGACAAACAAUAUUUUUUCAGCACAGAAAAGACCUCUAUGGAGAAAGCCAGAACAUUCUGCAAAAGCAAUCAUGGAGAUCUUGCUACCAUUGGAAACAGUAGUGAAAGAAAAUUUUUGUGGAAAUGCAUCUUAAAAAAUGGCAAAUUGGAGUCAUAUCUCAUAGGAUUAAUUCAGAAUGCUGAUCAACAGUUUAGUUGGAUGGAUGGAAGCCCGGUGCACUAUGCAGCUUGGGCACAGGGUGAACCCAACUUUGCAGAUGCUCAAGAAAAUUGUGUGGUCUUAAAUAAAAAGGAUGGCUUGUGGAAUGAUGUCAGCUGUGGGUUUUCAAAUGGCUAUAUCUGUGAGAGGCACAGAAGUUUUAUAAACGCAACACUUCCUUCAGCGGUACCUUCACCUCCUGGAGCAUGUCCUGAAGACUGGCUUUUAUUUAAAAACCAGUGUUACAAAUUUUUUGGCUCUUCCUAUGAAAACUGGCGUACUGCAAAAAGAACUUGUAUGAGCCUUGGAGGAAACCUGGCAAGCAUACAUAACGAACAAGUACAAGCUUUUCUCACUUACCAUUUGAAGGAUGUUUCGAAUGAUCCCUGGAUUGGCUUGAAUGAUAUACUCAGUGAACUCAACUUUGUUUGGACUGAUGGAAGUGCUGUCUCCUAUACAAACUGGGCUCCAGAUUCCCCAAAACUUGUAGAACCCAUGUUGUUUCCCAGUCUACAUCCAGAAGACGGCCACAAUCUGCAACAG